UGUGCAUUCAUUUCGAGCCUGAUGAAGCCAACCAGCAGAAAUACGUAUCGCUCGGGUUACCUAUCCUAUUUUCUGCUCGAAUCCACUUUCCUCCUUUUUGCGGAUUCUGUCCAUUAUUUUCCAUAGGUACCGAUCGAAAUGGUGAUGGAUUUGUGUGAUUUGGCAAAUCGAUAAAGUGAAGAUACAGUGUUGCCAUUUGGGUAUACUACCUACCAGCUGUGUAGUACGAGCGAUAGAUAGCAUACUGUUUAACAUUUGAAGGGUUAUUUCAUACUCGUUAGUAUACUGUUUGAGUAUAUUGGUACAAACGAUUUCGUAAUAAAAAGAUAAAGCUGACCGUAAAGGGCACAGAACAAAAAACGUCUCCUGGUAAGGCUACAUUUUUAGACAUUCGUGUCUAUGUCAGUGCGCAAAGAUUUCGGAUAUAGGUACAUAAAUGUAUCUGAGAUGAUUUACAUCUAAUAUUUAUCAAUUGGUAUGUUUCUCUUUUAUAACCCUUACUCUUUUUUCAAAUUAAAUAAAGACAAAGCAUUUGCGCAUGACCUUGUGAGUGAUAUAAUCACACUAGAUUUGAAUUGAAAAUUACAAAUACCCAUCUGUAUUUUAAAUGAUGUAACAAAGGUACUGUAAAAGCGUGAUACACGGUCAUAUUUUGCAACAUGAAUACUUAUCAAUGUAUCAAUUGCGCUAUAUUUGACCUAAUUGAAAAUCGUGACCUUUCGGAAAUAAUCUGUCCCUGUCCUUGCUUUGCGCUGUCACGUUGACAACGUUGGUUGCUCGGGUUUUGUGUUUCAUGAUACAGUAUUUUUUAACAACAGUUUAAAAUUAGGUUCCUGAUAGGAUUGUUUUUCUUGCUGCUCCGAUAAAUCAUAAACUGUGGCCUUUAGAAGAUUAAGAUAUGACCCCUGCAGAGAUAAAAGCUUGAACGAUAUGAUGCUUCAUAUAAAAUGGUAAAAUCAGAAUAACUGUCAGUUUUUAAACUUCCUUUUAAGGCGCAUAACCUCACUCUUUGUUGUGUUCGCUAUCGAGUGUCUCGCAAUUUGUGUUUCUUUUUGUUCAAGCCUGUCUGGUGCCUUGAGGGCUAGUGCAAUUCCCUUACUGACCCGUAUUUAUUUUCUGGAUAUCCUGACAGCAAAGGGAGGAAUGCUGAGAACGACUAAAGACUGUCUAGGACUGCGUGUUCGUCUAAACUUACUGCACCAUACCUGGAAGUGGCUACACCAGACCAUCACCCUCCACGACUACCUCAUCUCUUUGACAGCAUCUUGUAAAAACGCUCACCCAAAAUCCCUACUAAAGCUCUAAGGGAUAGGUUCAACAGGCACAACAUCUACAAAACAGGUGUUGCUAGUGAAAACAAAGACUAUAGACAAUGGCAUCCACACAGUGCACCCUAGGCAAAAUUAGGCAUUUUGUCUCCCGUAUUAGUGUUAGAAGAUAUUCAGCUCCCACUAAUGAGAAAGACAUUAAAAAAUCAGUGUUCCUUUCCCAAUCUAGAGAUAUCUUCACAAACCUCGCUCUUGAAGACUGGCUGUAUAAGAACUUUGAUUUCAAAAACCAUCAUAUUCUCAUGCUGUGGCAAAGUGAUCCCUGUGUUGUUAUUGGACGGCACCAAAACCCCUGGAUUGAAGCUAAUUUGCCUGAGUUGCCUCACAUCACAGAGAAUGGGGUGAAGCUGGCAAGGCGCAAUAGUGGUGGUGGUACAGUCUAUCAUGACAAUGGCAACCUGAAUCUCACAUUCUUCACAACAAAGGAGAGGUACAGCAGAAAAUAUAACCUGGAAGUCAUCACCCGGGCACUUUUUAGGAAGUAUAAUGCUACGGUGGAAAUCUCGCCGAGGGAAGAUUUGAUGAUCAGAAAUUAUAAAAUUUCUGGUACUGCUUCCAAACUAGGAAGGCCUAAUGCCUAUCAUCACUGUACCCUCCUGGUCAACUCAAAUAAACUAGAUUUGAGUCUAGCUCUCCAAAAGCAGGAUAUUGAGGUCAAAACGAAUGCUUCAAGAUCAGUGUCAUCCAAGAUAAUGAACCUAUGCGAAGAAGUUCCUAAUGUCGAUAUUGCCAGUUUAACAGAAGCAAUCGGAUGGGAAUAUUUGAGAACGCCAGCAUUAACAAUUACUGAUGGUGGAAUGGAGUUGGCUAAUCAACAAAAAGGAUUCCAGAUGAUCAACCCCACUGAGUCUUGGUUCCCAGGUAUGUGUUACAAAUUGUUACAAAAACUAAACUACCUUCUGGGUCGAAAUAAUGUGCCCAGUGUCAACACCAUUCAUCAUUUGGAACUGAAAUUUGAACAAGCAGGUGAAGUUAAAGACUUGCCAAGGUCGAGUCGUGCUCGAACUGUUCGUACUCCGGAAACUAUCGAGGCAGUUCGUGAAAGUGUAGUGGAGCGCCCUGAGACGUCUACCAGACAUCGUUCUCAAGAACUGGGUAUUCCAUUAUGCACUCUUUUAAAGAAAGACUUAUAUUUGCGGCCAUACAAAAUUCAGUUAACCCAAGAACUACAGCCUAGUGACCAUGAAAGACGCCGACAAUACCGUCAUGCAAUAUUGCAUCUUAAUACCCAAAAUAACGAUUUUACCGACGACUUAUAAUGAACGACGAAGCCCACUGCGAUAUGAACGGAUUUGUUGAUAAGCAGCUAGGGAAACAAUGAAUCUUUUUACAAUAUCUCCGGGACAUUUAAUUUCUCGAUUUGGCGAUGUCACCGUGUGCUAUUUCUGUAUUUUGAUUCCAGGGCUCGACAAGAUUCGAGAAGACUUCAUGGGCUGGGACUGGCGCUAUGGCAGAACCCCGGACUUUGAUGUAACAAAAUCCUUCGAAGUGCCUACGCAUUUGACGAACGGCGAACGCCAAGACCUACUGGUCACUAUGACUGUAGAAAAAGGCAACAUCGCAGAUGUGAAAUUGAAGCUCCCCAGUAGACUUAUCCCCGAGGGAUCUUGUGGGGAAGUUAAAGUCGUUACCACGCUUAUUGGACACCGGUUCUCAGUAGAAGCACUGAGUAAGCUCAGCAAUUUACUCAACUUGGCUGAAAAUGAAAGGGAUAGAUUCGUCACUGAAUGCCUGAAGCAAGUGGUCAGUUCGUUUUGAAAUAGAGAUGACAGGAAGGUUAGCAGAGGCUGAGAAGGGAGGUACAGGAAGUAAUCUGGUAUAAUCUUUGCUGAACGUUAAAAAAUCGAAUUUUUUAAAAUGUUGAAACAUCAAAGGAAUAACCUAAGCAUUCAGUAGUUGAUGGAGCACGGAUGGAGAAAAUUUAUCAACUGGUUAGUUUUGAAGAAAAUAAAGUUAUACCAUGAUAAAUGUAUCUUCCGCACAAAAAAUCUCGCUGAUCAUUCCUCCAUGUUUCUCAGUAACGACCAGCAGAAGCAUCUCGCUACCUUUCUGUCUAUACGAUGAAUGUCUCAUAAAAAACUGUCAUUCUCAGUACUUUAAUAAUUAUAUGGUGAAAACAGUACAGUGUGGAUCUCCACUGCUAAUUAAAUUUCGGGAAUUUGUGAAUAAAAAACAAGCAAAUCAAAUUACACGUAAAAUUUGAAUAUCGACCUUCACAAUAGUGUCCACACAACGCCGGUAUUUUCUCUAGGCUGAAGAUCCGAGACCUCACUGCCGUUGACCCCACUGUAUUCUAUCAUUCGUUGACAGAGUAUGGGACACCAUAGAGGUGAUAGGAACCCGCAAUUGAACAACCGCAAGAAUAAGGAUGUUUUCAAGAAGGGUGUACAGAUUUUAUAGAGGCAAAAGGCCCUACUCGGAGGGCUGACAUAGGCAAGGCGGAUGAAGAGCUGCCAUCGAAGAAACUCUGUAUAUUGGAAGAAUUACCUCCAUCGUACCAAGUGCUCGACUGUACCGGUAACAGUUUUAGGCAAACAGAUUGUCACACCACUGAUUGGCGAGGCCCUUGACUAUCUAGAGCUUUUAGGUGCUAUCAAUUAUGCACACCGAAUCUUGAUUAUGAGAACAUGCGUUCCAGUUGCAGGAGAAGUCGCUGAUGCGUUAGAAACUUUUCCUCACAUUAAAUGGGAGAACUACGCAGGGGAAAUCAUUCCACCGGCAAGUGCGAGAUUUGUUUUCACUGUAUAAUAGAAAAUGUUCCUCAUCACAUCACCAGCUUUCAACUAGUCAAUAAAUGUUAUUUGACAUUGUAUUAAGUUAACCAUGAAUCGAUUUCCUACUUUUGUGUCAGUUUAUGAUUUUUCUCAAUCACUUAGAUUCUACAACAGUUCAAAUGCUUCUAAAGUUCUGCUAAAACUGCUAAAUCCUGAGACUGUUUCAAUAGCAUAUUUUUGUACUUUUUAUGGUCAGCUUUAUUAGAGAAAAAUAGUUCGUUUCUUAGAUUGUGGUGAAAUUUAUUGAUGAUUACGUUCCAUAUGAUAAAUCAUAAUGUGGUUCAUACAAAACAUUAUUAGGAUAUAUAAAAAGCAAAUAAAAAGAGCAGGCUAUAACUUUAACCCACUGGCGGUAGCUCAGUGUGCGGUAGCAACGGAUAACUGGUUCCUAACUGGUAUCUGGCUACAAUGAUAACCAAAUACUAGUUUAAGUGACUGGAUAUUAAUAAAACAAAUAACCGCAAAAUUUACGAAAUUUAGUUAUAUUCCUACAAUCAGCCUUCAGUUAGUUAAAUUAAACAGCUAACACUACAUCAAAGAUAAAGUAAAAAGACAAAUAAAGUGUUUUUUCUGUGUUAAAAAAAACAAACUAAUGAAGGUUUGAGAUCAAAGCAAAUCACAUCAAAAUACGUAUAUUUCAAGUAGUCCUUUCUUAUUUCAAAUAAAACAAACUUUAAAAACAAAAGCCGCCAUUAUCCCUGAAUUAGUAAAUAAACAGACAAUUGCGGUUUAUGAAUGCCAGUGGUUCUACGGUCUCUGGCUAAAGCCGGUUUUGCUGCUCCUUGUAAAAUAUGCCGGCUUUAAAAGACAAAUAUCUCACUGUAUACUCUAUUACAAGGAGACAAUAGGUAUACUUUGAAAAACCUUGCCAAGAUUGGAUAAUAUUUUUUGCAUGGUUUAUAAUGAAAAAUGAAUUGUUAGAAUAAUGUUCCUUUUUCAAAAUAUUUACAGUUGCAGCUGGUCAUUGAUAAAUGACACAUAACCAAAUCUAAGUUAUCUAGUCUUAAAAUGUGAUGUGAUAUUUAAUAUUUUGAUUCGUAAUAUUACAAUGUCAAAUGAUGAAUUGAUUUUCAAAGUUCAAUGUCAUAAAUCUAAAUGUCAUGUUGAUGGUUUUUGUUAUUUUAUGUGUAACUGCCCAGUUAUAGUAUUUAAUUUUUAAAGCUGUUAUAGAUUUUAAGAUUUUACCACUUGGAUAUAUUUGUUAGCGUUUUGUGUUAUUUUAAUCCUAAGUUUAAGUGCCGUUUUUAAUAACGGUUCACAAGAAUUAAUCAUAUCAUUUUAUUUUUAACAGUUUUACAUCUAGUUCUGUUUAUUUUGUUUCUAGCUUAGGUUUAUCCUUGCAAUAGUGUUUUGGAGUUGUUGUGCCUUAUUUAGUGUUAAUAAAAUUAUAAAAAUGUAAUAGA